UUAUUACCCAAGGAAAUGACGUUAGACUUCUUGCAGACCAUCACGGCUCAGUUUUCAAAUGAGCUGAUUAUUUCUCGUUGCGCGUUCGGAACAUCGUAUAAGGGAUUUCUUCCAGACGGCGAGGCGAUUAUCGUGAAUAAACUUGCGGAAAAUGCGCCACUGUCACGUGACAAAGCAUUUACUAACGAGGUUCAAAAUAUUAUGGCCCUCCAAAAUGAAAAUGUGAUACGGCUGCUUGGCUACUGUCAUGAAGGUCAGAAGAAAGUGGUGCUGCACAAUGGAAGAUAUAUUGUUGCAGACGUGUUCGAAAGUUUGGUCUGCUACGAAUAUUUACCUAAAGGAAGCCUUCAAAAAAAUCUUUUCGAAGAACCCAGUAAAAUGGAUUGGGGGACACGGUUCAAAGUAAUUAAGGGGAUUUGCCAAGGUUUACUCUUUCUACAUCGCAUUCCUAUUAUCCAUAUGGAAAUAAGGCCUGAAAGCAUACUGUUGGACAAUAACAUGCGGCCAAAAAUUGCAUGUUUUGGUCUCUCGAGACUAUUCGGUCAAGAACAAACAAGGGCGCACACGCAAAAUGUCGUGGGAUCAUAUGGAUAUGUGGCUCCGGAAUAUCUGUACACAGGUGAAAUCUCGGCCAAAUUGGACAUAUACACUUUAGGCCUACUCAUCCUACAGACCACCACCGGAGAGAAAAAUAUUCCCAAACAGAAUGACCCAAGUGGACGGGAUUUUAUUAAGAAUGUACAUCAAAAGUGGACACUUGAGCACAUAGAUUGGGAGUACCUAUUCUUGGAUUCAGAUGGCCUCCGGCAAGUGCAAACUUGCAUCGAAAUUGGACUAGAAUGUGUGGAGAUUGAUCGGCACAAGAGACCAUCCAUAGAACAAAUUGUAGACAAGUUCGACAGACUUUCGCAGAUAAGUUCCGAUAGUGUUCUAAGCCUGCAACCCCAGCGGAUAAACUUCCCCAUUAAUCCGAAAAGAUUGACCUCCAGCUCGCUUUACCUAAUAAACAGGACAGAUGACCGUAUUGCUUUCAGGAUUGUGACCCAAAUCCCAAAGAAGUACCGUACAAAGUUACCAUUUUGUGGCAUUGUGCUGCCAAAGUGCACCUACACUCUCAACGUGAUAACACCCGAACAGAGGAAGGCACCACCCUUGGAAAGCGACAACUCUCUGACACUGCAAAGCAGUAAAGCACUCCAUGACGAUGAGGACCUCGACAGUAUGGACCCAGUUUCCGUGGCCAUGUUCCUUGACACCGCCGGAGAUAAGGUGCAAGAGGCGAAAGUUGUGGUUGCUUGCGGGCCAUUAACUGAAACUGUCUCUAAUCAGGUUAGUUCAGUCAUAGACGGUCAGAAUUACCGCGAGGUGUUGUCCGUAGAUGUCCAUCCAACAAAACCAUGGAUCUUGUCGAGCAACAACAAGGGUUAUGUUUGCAUUUGGAACUACCAAACGCAGGUAGGAAUUUUUACGACUUAAUAAGUAGCAGUAAUCACCUUCAAAAACUACCACUCUAAUAUUAUAUUUUCCAUCGCAGUAUAUUCGGUAAAAUUUAUUGAGCGAGAGGAAUGGUUUGUAGUUGGUACAGGCAAUGGGUCCAUCUAUGUGUUCGAUUAUAAUACCAUGGAAGAAGUCGAAGAGAUCGAAGCUCAUGAUGGUCAUGGUAUCAUGUGUCUGGCGGUGAAUCCCACGUCUUCAUAUGUGCUAUCAGCAUCUGAUGACCGUACGAUUAAGCUUUGGGACUGGACUAACGAAUGGCAGUGUACCCGAACUUUUGAGGGGCACGAGGAUACAGUCACACAAAUCUGGAAUAUUCACUCUGCAACGUGCAACAUCACAUUGGAUGAGCAUCAGGAUGGUCUACUCUGUGUUCAUUACCACCCUCGGAAUGUUGAACAGAUGAUUUCCGGAUCUUCAGAUGGAGCUGCAAAGAUCUGGGAUCUAGAUACGGACAGUUGUGUUGCUACGCUCCAAGAACAUGCAGAAGGUCUCAGUGCUCUCUGUUGGCACCCUGAACUUUGGUUGCUAGUUACUGGUUCGCUUGAUGGAACUGUGCGAAUCUGGAAUUUUAACUAUACAACCGAUACGUAUAGGUAUUUCCUUCUACUUCUGUACAGUCUUGCACUAGGAUAA